CUCUCUCUCUCUCACUGUGCCACUGCAGACCAUCCCAGGCUGCACUGGAGAGAGAGUGAGUGAGGGAAUCAGUGCAGCAGAGAAGUGCCAUCUCUAGUCGUCCUUUUUUUUUCCUUUGCAUCCCAUUUUUUUGCCACUCGUGUCCUGAAUCACUCUUUCCAGUUUGCUGUUCUGUCAGAGUGGGAUGCCAGUAUGGGUUGUGGAAAUUCUUCUGCCACUAAUACUACAGCGGGAGGUCCUGCAGAGGCUGCUAAGGAUGUGACUGAAGAGCCCUCAACAGAUGAUGAGAAAAGAAGGAACUAUGGAGGAGUGUAUGUUGGACUACCGACAGAUCUGACCACAGUAGCAGCAAGCCAGUCUAAAUCCACGCGGAAAGACUAGCAAACUGUAAAACGGAACAGCAGGAAAGCGUAAUACAGUUAACUAUGUAAACACAGGAGCUUUUUAUGGACUAGUGACAGGUUGAGAGUUGAUAUCCACUCAGACGAUCACUGAAAAUGACUCCUCCGGAUGGGCCUAUAUGGAGUGGGGUUCUGUGUGGAUCUUCAGAGAGCUUGUCUGUGAGUGAACCAUCUCUCUCUGACUGUGUUUUCUAUCGGGCUCAGAGAGGUUUCUAGGAAUGGAAACAGCAGCCCUAGAGGAGAUCCUGGCAUUUAAAUGGCAGUGGAGUCAACAUGGCAGGGCAUUCACAACUCAGGAACACUCCUGAACCUUGACCGCGAUGAAGGCACGUCAGCACCCAAACAGCUCCGGGUCUCUGCAAUAAAAGACUUACCUGCAUCUCUAUUGUAGGACAAUAGCUCUAUAGCAAAGCCAUCUAAGGACACAGACAUUUAGCUCAGAGGAUUACAGCUGUAUGCGGCUUUUAGUGAUGGUUACUAUCACUGUAUGAAGUGAAACAUUAGUCCAGCUUUAUGUAUGUCUUCACAGAAGCUGUCAAGCGAAGUGGUUUUCAUCAGCAUUCAUGAUCAAACAUUAAUAUACACCACAUCACCUCAUUAGUACAAAUGAGCUAUUUUGAAAUAGAUAAUAUUGUAAGAAAUUUUAUAGACAUAUAUGUACCACUUUCUUGCUGUAUUUAUACCAUUUCAAAUACAUGACUUGCGAUUGUAAGUUAAAUUGUUUGUGUCCACCACAGACUAUGUAUAAUGAAGAUCUGAGAUUUGAAUAGC